AAAUGCUAUUUUUAGGUAUACUGCACACACACGACACACGUCACGUUCACGGUUCACAACAACAAUGUUUCAACAUUCGACAUAAAGUUUACGACGAGUACGACAGCAUCUUCCUGAUCAUCACGCAAUCCUCACGCUUCACACCAAGUAACACCCUGGAAUAAUGCCAACAAAAACAUUUAAGCAGAGGAGAACAUUGGAACAGAGAAAGAGAGAUGUGCAAGAAAUUCGAGAGAAACAUAGCAACAAAGUGCCGGUGAUCAUUGAGCGAUAUGAGCGGGAAACCAACCUGCCUUUGUUGGAUAAAUCCAAAUUCCUGGUUCCUGAUCACAUCACAAUGGGCGAACUGGUCAAAAUAAUCAGGAGAAGAUUGCAACUGAGUCCUACACAAGCCUUCUUCCUCUUGGUUAAUCACAAGAGCCUGGUCAGCGUCUCGACUCCAAUCUCAGAGAUCUACGAACAAGAAAAAGAUGAAGACGGAUUCUUGUAUCUGGUGUACGCUGCGCAAGAGACAUUUGGAUAGGAUACUGUGUAACUAGGGCCCAGUUUCAUAGAGUUGCUUAACAUGAACUGCCACUCAGCAAACAUGUGCAUAGAAGAUAUCAGAUAAUAACCCGCCACUAGCAAUAUACAUGUACACAUGUUGUGCUUAGCAAAUCUAUUCAGUCAGCUUUAUGAAAUUGGACCUUGGAUAAUAGAGAGGUUCGGCAAGUGGGAAAAAUUCAUUUAUCUGUAUGCGUGUCUGUAUGACAUCACACAUACAAAAACAUACACAUACGUGCUGGGAAAUGCAAAAUGCAGUUUUGGCAUCGUGCAGCCAUGUACAUGUAUAAAGGAAAUCAGUUAGGUGGCACAAAGGCCUAGUAUGUUGUACAUAACAUCACGCUCCGUUAGCCUGGAGCUUCUAUGUGAUUAAUGCACAAACGAUACGCAUAAAUUAGACAACUUUGAUGCCUCAAAAAGGUACCAACAAAAACCACAAAGCAAUGUGAGAUGUAUCAUUCGUCAUGUAAUUAAAAGUUAGAGGUUAUGAGAGGCAUCAUGUUGGCACAAGUUUGGUGUCAAAUCGAGAAACUUGCAUACGUACUGCUCCCGUAUCAGAUGACUUCCACACGUACUUUCUGUGUCAAAUUUCCCACCUGGCGUUUGAAAGGGCACAAAAGUGAUGACGUCAUAUGCAGAA